UGAAAUUGCACCUUAACACAAGUAACGUAAAACGUUUGUAUCAGAGAAGCAUAAGGCCUGUUCUUUUCAGCUACACUGCUGUAUUAGUGCAAUAAGUUAGAAAGAGACAUACUUUCUUUCGCUCUAACUAAUUGCACUAGUGCAGCAGUGCAGCUGAAAAGAACAGACCCAUAGCCUCCCUCAAGCUCCAAUACCAUGUGUAUGUGUAUACUGAGACUAGUUGCCACCCAGAAAAGUCGAAGAGCCAGAUAUCCAGCUGGAGGCGCGCUAAAACUCAGAAGAGAGAGAAUCUGAUCCAACCUCUUGAUCGGAAAAACAUGCUCGUGCUGUGACAGUUUAUAGCAGAAUUAUUAGUAAUUAUCAUGUAUUCCAUAUGCAAAAAUACUCAUCCUGCAACGGGGGUCGAGCACGCGAUCACGUGUCAUUUUUUCAACCGUACGGAGAAAUGCCUCGUGGUCGCCGGCGCGAAUGUCAUACGGGUGUUUCGCCUGAUCCCGGACAUCGACAUGACGAGAAGGGAGAAAUAUACGGAAAAUCGUCCGCCUAAGAUGAAGCUGGAGUGCUUGGCACAGUACACCUUGCAUGGGAAUAUCAUGUCCAUGCAGGCUGUUCAUCUCAUUGGUUCGCAGAGGGAUUCUCUAUUGCUUAGCUUUCGCGAUGCGAAGCUGUCUGUUGUGGAGUACGAUCAGGACAUUCAUGAUCUGAGGACAGUGUCGUUGCAUUAUUUUGAGGAGGAAGAAAUAAAGGAUGGAUGGACGAAUCAUCAUCAUAUACCCAUAGUAAGGGUAGAUCCUGAAGGAAGAUGCGCAAUAAUGUUAAUAUAUGGUAGAAAAUUGGUUGUGCUACCCUUCCGAAAGGAUCCCAGCCUCGAUGAUGGUGACUUACUUGAUAGCGCAAAGUUAACAUCCUCCAACAAGACUCCCAUAUUAUCCUCGUACAUGAUAGUAUUAAAAACACUGGAAGAAAAAAUGGACAAUGUGAUAGACUUACAAUUUCUGUAUGGAUAUUAUGAACCCACAUUGUUAAUUCUGUACGAACCGGUAAGAACAUUUUCAGGACGCAUCGCAGUUAGACAGGACACUUGCGCAAUGGUUGCUAUAUCCUUAAAUAUUCAGCAAAGGGUACAUCCUAUCAUUUGGUCCGUCUCUAAUUUACCAUUCGAUUGUUAUCAAGUUGUACCUGUGAAAAAACCAUUGGGCGGCACAUUGAUAAUGGCAGUUAACUCACUUAUUUAUUUAAAUCAAAGCAUACCUCCUUAUGGAGUAUCGCUUAAUAGUUUAGCAGACACAAGCACCAAUUUUCCAUUAAAGCCACAAGAGGGAGUAAAAAUGAGUUUAGAAGGUUCACAGGUCGCAUUUAUAUCUGGAGAUCGUUUAGUUAUCUCUUUGAAGAGUGGAGAACUUUACGUUUUGUCCCUCUUUGCAGACAGUAUGCGAUCCGUGCGUGGAUUUCACUUCGAUAAGGCGGCAGCUAGUGUAUUAACGUCAUGUGUAUGCAUGUGUGAGGACAAUUAUCUUUUCCUUGGCUCUCGACUCGGUAAUUCAUUAUUAUUACGAUUCACCGAGAAGGAACCGGAAACUCUAAAAAAUCUGAAUGAUAAUGAGAUUACUAUUGAAGAAAACGAAAGCGAGGAAACCCCUGCCAAGAAGGCGAAGCAAGACUUUCUCGGUGACUGGAUGGCAUCGGACGUGUUAGACAUUAAAGAUCCAGAAGAAUUGGAAGUGUAUGGGAGCGAAACUCAUACAUCCAUUCAAAUCACAUCAUAUAUUUUUGAAGUGUGCGACAGCUUAUUAAAUAUUGGACCAUGUGGAAAUAUUUCCAUGGGAGAACCAGCCUUCCUGUCAGAGGAAUUCCUACAUAAUCAAGAUCCUGACGUUGAACUGGUGACGACGUCAGGAUAUGGCAAAAACGGCGCGCUUUGUGUCCUACAACGUUCCAUUCGUCCUCAGGUUGUGACAACAUUUGAACUACCCGGCUGUGAAGAUAUGUGGACCGUUAUCGGUACAUUAAAUAAUGAUGAACAAGUUAAAGCAGAAGCGGAGGGAUCUCACGCUUUCUUAAUAUUGAGUCAAGAAGAUUCAACCAUGAUUCUACAAACUGGUCAGGAAAUUAACGAAGUAGACCAGAGCGGCUUCAGCACACAAGGAAGUACAGUAUUCGCCGGUAAUCUCGGUGCCAAUAGAUAUAUCGUGCAAGUCACUCAAAUGGGAGUGCGCCUCUUACAAGGCAUUGAACAAAUCCAACAUAUGCCUAUAGAUCUCGGUUGUCCAAUUGUGCAUGCGAGUUGUGCCGAUCCAUACGUAACAUUACUCUCAGAAGAUGGACAAGUGGUAUUGUUGACACUUAGAGAAGUGAGGGGCACAGCGAGAUUGCACGCUCAACCUGCCAAUUUAUUGUUUCGUCCUCAGAUAGAGGCAUUAUGCACUUAUAGAGAUGUAAGCGGGAUUUUUACAACACAAUUGUCCGAGACAACGGACGACGAGCAAGUCGAAGAGGAGCACAAUGUAGAGGAACCUUCUCUACUCAGCAAUAUCGAUAACGAAGACGACUUGUUAUACGGCGAUGCUCCAGCAUUUCAGAUGCCUGCACCAUCAUAUCAGAAACCAUUGGAUGGAGUUUCUAAGAAGGCACCUUGGUGGCAGAGGCAUCUGCAGGAAAUAAAACCCACAUAUUGGCUACUUGUAUAUAGAGAUAGUGGGACGUUAGAAAUUUAUUCCUUACCGGAUUUACGGCUCUCUUAUCUCAUUCGUAACUUUGGCUAUGGUCAAUAUGUGCUGCACGACAGCAUGGAAUCUACGACAUUGCAAUCAGCACCGGUCAAUGAGAUUCCUAAUCCCGAAAUGCAGGUUCGCGAAAUUCUGAUGGUCGCUUUAGGACAUCAUGGAAAUCGGCCAAUGCUCUUGGUUCGUCUCGAUUCGGAGCUGCAAAUUUAUCAAGCUUAUAAGUACCCAAAGGGAUAUCUAAAACUGAGGUUUAAGAAAUUGGAACACGGAAUAAUCCCAGGACGUUUAAGUCCGAAACCGAAGGAAGAGGACAUGCCCAUGAACGCGAGCGAAACUCGCAUUUGCAUGAUGCGUUACUUUAGCAACAUUGCCGGAUACAAUGGAGUAUUUAUCUGCUGCGAUUAUCCGCAUUGGAUAUUUUUAACCGGACGCGGUGAAUUACGCACGCAUCCAAUGGGUAUCGAUGGCCCUAUCACGUCUUUCGCUGCUUUUAAUAAUGUUAACUGCCCACAAGGUUUCCUAUACUUUAACAGAAAGGAGGAGUUACGGAUAUGCGUUUUGCCAACACACUUAUCGUACGAUGCUCCUUGGCCAGUUAGGAAAGUCCCCUUACGAUGUACCCCACAUUUUGUCACAUAUCAUCUAGAAAGCAAAACUUAUUGUGUCAUAACAAGUAUAGCCGAACCUCUGAAAAGUUACUACAGAUUUAAUGGUGAAGACAAAGAAUUUACAGAAGAAGAGCGUCCAGAAAGAUUUCUGUACCCGUCUCAAGAACAAUUUUCCAUUGUAUUAUUUUCUCCAGUUUCAUGGGAAACUAUUCCCAAUACAAAAAUUGAGCUGGAACAAUGGGAGCACGUCACGUGUUUAAAGAAUGUAUCUCUGGCUUAUGAAGGAACGAGGUCUGGUUUGAAAGGUUAUAUAGUAUUGGGAACAAAUUAUAAUUAUGGUGAAGAUAUUACAAGCAGAGGACGUAUACUUAUAUUUGAUAUAAUAGAAGUAGUACCUGAACCUGGCCAGCCAUUAACUAAAAAUAGAUUUAAACAAAUUUAUGCAAAAGAACAAAAGGGACCUAUAACUGCUAUAACUCAAGUAUCAGGAUUUUUAGUCUCUGCUGUUGGUCAAAAGAUUUAUAUUUGGCAGUUAAAGGAUAAUGAUCUUGUUGGAGUCGCUUUUAUCGAUACUCAAAUUUAUAUCCAUCAAAUGCUAAGUAUCAAAAGUCUUAUUUUGAUAGCUGAUGUUUAUAAAUCAAUUAGUUUACUAAGAUUUCAAGAAGAAUAUAGAACACUUUCUCUUGUUAGUAGAGAUUUUAGACCUGCAGAAGUAUAUACAAUAGAGUAUUUAAUUGAUAACACAAAUUUAGGAUUCUUUUUGGCUGAUGGAGAGAGCAAUCUAGCUUUAUUUAUGUAUCAGCCAGAGUCGAGAGAAAGUCUUGGAGGUCAAAAGCUGAUUAGAAAGGCGGAUUUUCAUCUGGGACAGAAAGUGAACACUUUCUUUCGUAUUAGAUGUAGGGUUUCUGAUCCUGCAAAUGAUAAAAAGCAAUUUUCCGGUGCUGACAAAAGACAUGUGACUAUGUAUGCAACAUUAGAUGGCAGUCUUGGUUAUAUUUUGCCAGUACCAGAAAAAACAUAUCGGAGACUGCUUAUGUUACAAAAUGUGCUAGUAACACAUAUUUGUCAUAUUGCAGGCUUGAAUCCAAAAUCAUAUCGGACGUAUAAAAGUUAUAUACGAAAUCAAGGUAAUCCAGCAAGAGGCAUUAUUGACGGUGAUUUGGUCUGGCGUUAUCUUUUCUUACCAAACAACGAAAAAACAGAUGUAGCUAAAAAAAUUGGAACGCGAGUUCAGGAGAUUAUCGAAGAUAUUACUGAAAUUGAUAGACAAACGGCGCAUUUUUAAUUAUAACUGCGUUACCGUCAAUAAAGCUUAUAAUUUUAUAUUACUCGAAAAUACAUAUAUCACAUAUUAUCUUAUAUAAUUUAUAAUGUUGUAUAUUAUAAAUGCUUGCACCAUCGAAUGCUAAAUGCAUACAAUGGAUACGACAUAUGUAUGUCUUGAAAUUAUCACAACAUUCUCGCAAUUGUUUAAUUCA